AUGUCCGCCUCGAAGCAACCGUCGUUCAUUGAGCUAUGUGGUAACCUCCAACUGUCUGAACCAAUGCCUCUUACAAGAACAAUACAAGGGCAAUCAGAGGCUGAGAAAGGUUGGUGUACUGUCAUUGCCAGAUUGCAUCCUGGUCUCAAGGCUGUUGGCCAUGACUAUUGCGAUUCAUUGCGGGCGAUUGCCGCCGCUGGCAGAUCAGAUGGCGGUGACAACCGCCUCUUGGACGCUGCCGCAGCGACCGUGUCCAAAAUCCAGCUGCAGUGUUCUCGCUCCAGCAAGGAGGCCUGUGAAUUCGAGACGGAGCUGCACAAUCUGUGGUUCAUCUACUACCACGCCCCUCUGAACAUUUCUGCAGAGAGCCCCUUGCUUAACCGACUGGUUGUUCGGAUUCUGCAAGCCCGGGAACAAUAUGGAUUUUCUGGAUGA